AUGGCGUCUACAGAGGUGCUCAGUGAUGCACAAGUUAAACAAUUCUACGACGACGGCUAUCUCGUCAUUCCAAAUUUCCUAUCCAAGGAUGAGGUUGAUUCCCUCAUGGCGCGUUCAAAGCAGUUACUGGAAGAGUUUAGCCUCGAAGGACAUCCAUUGACAAAAUUCUCGACUGGAGAAGAUACUGCGCACGUCGGUGACGAGUACUUCCUGAACUCUGGCGAUAAGAUUCGCUAUUUCCUGGAAGAGGAUGCCGUGACUGAUGGAAAGCUCAAUCGGCCUAAAGAAAGAGCAGUAAACAAGAUUGGACACGCACUGCACGAACUUGAUCCAAUUUUUCGUGAAAUUACACUUAAUAACCCCAAGCUGCAGGCGUUGGCCAGGCAGUUGAAGUUUCACUCUGAUCCUCUAGUUCUUCAAAGUAUGGUUAUCUGCAAACAGCCGGAGAUUGGUGGAAAAGUUCCCGAGCACAAUGACUCCACUUUCCUGUAUACAUCUCCACCAUCAGCGUUGGGCUUUUGGUUCGCUCUCGAGCGUUGCACCCCGUCCAAUGGUGCAUUAUCGUUCCUGCCCAGUUCCCAUCUGACGACAGAUAUUAACAAACGUUUUGUGCGGAUGCCACAAGGAGGAACCGAUUUUGAACCAGUAGAGAAACCAGAGAAGCCACUGGACCUUUCGCGCGACAACCGUACCGAGCCAUCCACAUCACCAGCGGAAUAUAAGCUGGAGACGUGCGAAGCUGGUGCACUCGUGAUUAUCCACGGUUCCGUCCUUCACAAGUCGGAAAAGAACACGUCCGGUCUGACAAGAUAUGCCUACACUUUCCACAUGAUAGAAUCGCCACCUCUUGCCACUUAUGAUGAGAAGAAUUGGCUUCAACCAACGUCAUCAAUGCCAUUCAGCCGCCUCUUUAACUCUCAUCAGGUCGUCUAA